AUACGGGAUAAUAACCAUACUUUUUCAUUAACCGACAGCUUUUAAAGGACGAGAAAUAUGACAACUUUGGAACUCUUUUACAUUAUGACUCUUCUUUGUACUAUUUUCUCAAACUCCAGCAAAGCCAAAAUAUCCUGGAACUUAAAUUCAGACCAGGUUUUGAGAGCCAGAAUAACUGAAGAUAGGGAAGUUGGUAGAUACACAUACACAAUAACAAAACCGAAAGUAGAAAUACCGCCAUACAUUCCUGAUGAUACAGAAACAAUGCUAAUGCUUACUGAAAUAGAGAUGACAGAGACUCCUGAUGAAACUUGCUGGGAUUUUGAAAAGGAACGCUGCAAUGAAUUCCUAAAAGAGCAAAUGAUGUUUUGUGGAUAUGAUGAAGAUUGUCAUAGUCCAUCAAACUCUGGAAUCGAUAACGAGGGAAAAUGCUGCCAGAUCCCUUGUCGCUCCCAUGUGAAUAUUACAAAAGUUUGUCGUUGGCCAACAGAUGACCGUGAUCUCGUAAAUUCUCUAACUCCAUUAUCCGCACGACAGGAUUCUAGAUGAUACAAUGGAAUUCUUUGAUCCAGUAUCCAGAUGGGAGAAUAAAUGAAACCUAGAUUACAAGCAUUUAAGUAAAGGACCAUUUCCAUAUCUAUUGACUACUUUUUUUCUCUUUUUUUUUUUUUUUUUUUUUUCUUUUCCCCCGAAAGUUAUUCCCUAAUAUUCUUAUUAGAAAAAAGAACACGCUGUUCAGUCAUAUUAUGGAUCUCAACGCACUACGAAUUAAUGGCCUUAGGAAACGGGGGCACGGGGGGCAGUGCCCCCUCCCCCUCCAAUAAUUUUGUGUAUAUAAUACUAUAGAAAACUUAGUUACUAUAUGCUUGUGCCCCUUCAAUAAAAACGGCUGAUGAUCUUA